AUGGCUUCCUUCCUCCCGCGUCGCUUCCGCGGCGAGUCCCAGGUCACCGAAAAGACAACGCCAUCCUGGGCCUCCAAGCGCCUCACUCCUAUCGCCCAGUACCUCGCCCGACGCGCCUGCUCCCACCCCAUCCACACCAUCGUCAUUGUCGCCGUCCUUGCGAGCACCUCAUACGUCGGCUUUCUUCAAGAAACCUUCUUCAACGUCGAUGUUGACACCACCGUCGUGGGCAAGGCCGAUUGGUCUUCCCUGGUCGAGGGUAGCCGUGUUCUACGCGCCGGCCCAGAGACUGCCUGGAAGUGGAAGGGCGUCGAGCAAGACGUUGACGUUGCGGGUGCCGAUGCCGACCACCUCGCUCUCCUGACCCUCGUGUUCCCCGACACUCUGUCUACCGACUCGCCUAGCACUGCGCCUCGAUCUCACCACGUUCCUGUUCCUCAGAACCUGUCCAUCACGCAACUCCCGUCUACCGAGAACCCCUUUACCACCUACUCCCAGGACAGCAUCCUCGCCUACUCUCUCCCCUACGCCGAGGGCCCCGACAUUGUUCAGUGGGCCAGCAACACCUGGACCGAGUUCCUUGAUCUUCUCAAGAACGCCGAGACCCUCGACAUUGUUAUUAUGCUCCUGGGCUACAUUGCCAUGCACCUGACCUUUGUGUCGCUCUUCCUCUCGAUGCGCCGCAUGGGUUCGAAGUUUUGGCUCGGUGUGUGCACCAUCUUCUCCUCGGUGUUUGCUUUCCUUUUCGGUCUGGCUGUAACGACCAACCUGGGUGUCCCCAUCAGCGUUAUUCUGCUGUCUGAGGGUCUUCCCUUCCUGGUUGUCACCAUUGGCUUCGAGAAGAACAUUGUUCUGACCCGCGCCGUCAUGUCUCAUGCCAUUGAGCACCGGCGCACGCAGGCCAAGAGCUCCAAGUCUGGCAAGCGAUCCCCCGAGCGCUCCAUGCAAAACGUCAUCCAGUACGCCGUCCAGGCAGCCAUUAAGGACAAGGGUUUCGAGAUUAUGCUUGACUACGCUAUCGAGAUUGUCAUUCUCGUCCUCGGUGCUGCCUCCGGUGUUCAGGGUGGCCUUCAGCACUUCUGCUUCCUUGCUGCCUGGAUCUUGUUCUUUGACUGCAUCCUGCUCUUCACCUUUUACACUGCCAUUCUCAGCAUCAAGCUCGAGAUCAACCGCAUUAAGCGCCACGUCGACAUGCGCAUGGCUCUCGAGGACGAUGGCGUCAGCCGUCGUGUUGCCGAGAACGUUGCCAAGAGCGAGGACUGGCCCCGUGUCAGCGGCAACGCCAAGGACACUUCCCUCUUUGGCCGUGAGAGCAGCAGCAUUCCCAAGUUCAAGGUCCUGAUGGUCCUCGGCUUCCUCCUCGUCAACGUUGUCAACCUCGGCUCGAUUCCCUUCCGCAACCCCAGCUCCCUGUCCAACAUCCGUACCUGGGCCAGCAGCUUUGGCGGAGUGGCUUCGCCCAUGUCCGUUGACCCCUUCAAGGUUGCCUCCAACGGCCUGGACGCCAUCCUGGCUGACGCCAAGGCCAACAACCGACCCACCCUCGUCACUGUCCUCACCCCCAUCAAGUACGAGCUCGAGUAUCCUUCCAUCCACUACGCCCUAGCGUCUUCUCUCAACGGAAGCGGCGCUGAGGUUGAGGAGGGAUUCCACCCCUUCCAGCGAUAUGGCCUCGGCGGUCGCAUGGUCGGUGGUCUGCUCAAGAGUCUGGAGGAUCCCGUUCUCUCCAAGUGGAUUGUCGUCGCCCUCGCUCUCAGUGUCGCUCUGAACGGCUACCUUUUCAACGUCGCUCGAUGGGGCAUCAAGGACCCUAAUGACCCCGAACACCACAUUGACCGAAACGAGCUCGCGCGCGCGCAGCAGUUCAACGACACCAGCUCGACCACCCUUCCUCUAGGCGAAUACGUUCCUCCUACACCCCAGCGCACCGAGCCCAGUACCCCCGCCGUUACCGACGAUGAGGCCGACGGCCUGCACAUGACCAAGGCUCGACCCGCCAACCUCCCCAGGCGAAGCAACGAGGAGCUCGAGAAGCUCUUGGCUGAGAAGCGAGUGCGCGAGAUGAACGAUGAGGAGGUUGUUUCUCUGUCGAUGCGCGGCAAGAUCCCCGGUUAUGCUCUGGAAAAGACUCUGGGUGACUUUACCCGUGCUGUCAAGAUCCGACGUACCAUCAUCUCCCGAACCAAGGCCACGACCGACCUGACUCACACCCUCGAGCGAUCCAAGCUGCCUUACGAGAACUACAACUGGGAGCGCGUGUUUGGUGCUUGCUGCGAGAACGUCAUUGGAUACAUGCCCCUCCCUGUCGGUGUUGCUGGACCUCUUGUUAUUGAUGGCCAGAGCUACUUUAUCCCCAUGGCUACCACUGAAGGUGUCCUGGUUGCCAGUGCCAGUCGAGGUUGCAAGGCCAUCAACUCUGGUGGCGGCGCCAUCACUGUUCUCACCGCCGACGGAAUGACUCGUGGACCCUGUGUUGCUUUUGAGACUCUUGAGCGUGCUGGUGCCGCCAAGCUUUGGCUUGACUCUGAGGCCGGCCAGACCACGAUGAAGAAGGCUUUCAACUCUACCAGCCGAUUCGCCCGUCUCCAGUCGAUGAAGACUGCGCUUGCUGGUACCAACCUGUUUAUCCGAUUCAAGACGACUACCGGUGACGCCAUGGGUAUGAACAUGAUUUCCAAGGGUGUUGAGCACGCUCUCAGUGUCAUGUCUUCGGAUGGAGGCUUCGACGAUAUGCAGAUUAUCUCCGUGUCAGGCAACUACUGCACGGACAAGAAGCCCGCUGCUCUGAACUGGAUUGACGGCCGAGGCAAGGGAGUUGUUGCUGAGGCCAUCAUCCCCGGUGAGGUUGUUCGCAGUGUUCUCAAGAGUGAUGUCGACUCUCUGGUUGAGCUCAAUGUGACCAAGAACUUGAUCGGUUCGGCCAUGGCUGGUUCCGUCGGUGGAUUCAACGCUCACGCUGCCAACAUGGUGGCUGCCAUCUUCCUUGCCACUGGUCAGGACCCUGCUCAGGUUGUUGAGAGUGCCAACUGUAUCACCAUUAUGAAGAACCUGAACGGAGCUCUUCAGAUUUCCGUCUCCAUGCCCUCACUUGAGGUCGGAACUCUGGGUGGUGGUACCAUUCUUGAGCCUCAGGGCUCCAUGCUCGACAUCCUCGGUGUCAGGGGAUCUCACCCCACAAACCCUGGAGACAACGCCCGACGCCUGGCCCGCAUCAUUGCCGCGGCUGUGCUCGCUGGUGAACUGUCUCUCUGCAGUGCCCUCGCUGCUGGUCACCUGGUGCGAGCGCACAUGCAGCACAACCGAAGUGCUGCUCCCUCUCGCAGCACGACUCCGGCUCCUCCCAUGACGCCGAUCUCCCUGGCCAUGACCAAUGCCCAGGAGCGCGGAUCAAGUUCCGCUUUAAAAAUGCAUUUUAAUCCUCUUUUGUACUUGUCGGUCUCGUGUUUAGGUGAAUGUCUUUACUCUGGCAACAGCCUCGCCGUCCAUGGAUGUGAACUUGAUGCCCUUUUUUUCCAUCCCUCUCUUGCACUCUUCCCACGUAUCCUGCGUGACAGGCCUUGUGCCCUCUUCCACAAUCCAAGUCUGAUAUCCCUCAUCGACGGCACCAACAACAUAAACAUCAGUGACCUCCUGCUCCUUGAGCAUACCCGCCAACCCACUAUCGCUCAACCGAAACGGAUCAUAAAAAGCACUAUACAUCUCAACCCUCUCAUCCUGUCCCUUUUCAAUUACAGCAUGCACCCUCGAGACAUCCAGCUCGGGCACCAGGUCCGCGCCUUCCGUGCCCUGGACGCAGUGCGAAUCGCGGGGGUGGACUAUGAUGGUGGAUGA